GUUCGCCGCGGGGGCGGCUCCGGGGCCUGAGUGGGCGCCGCUGCUGCCUCAGCCGAGGGGGCCGGGCCGGAGCGGGCAGAGGAGUGAGGCCGCCGGAGAUCUUCCAGACGCCCCCUGCUCCGGCCGGAAAGUGAGCAAGGAUGAUUGAGGAAAGUGGGAACAAGCGGAAGACCAUGGCAGAGAAGAGGCAACUCUUCAUAGAAAUGCGUGCUCAGAAUUUUGAUGUCAUACGACUAUCAACUUACAGAACAGCCUGCAAAUUACGAUUUGUACAAAAACGAUGCAACCUUCAUCUUGUUGAUAUCUGGAACAUGAUUGAAGCCUUCCGAGACAAUGGCCUUAAUACACUGGACCAUGCCACUGAGAUCAGUGUGUCCCGCCUGGAAACUGUCAUCUCCUCCAUCUACUAUCAGUUGAACAAGCGCCUUCCUUCUACUCACCAAAUUAGUGUGGAACAAUCUAUCAGCCUCCUCCUCAACUUUAUGAUUGCUGCAUAUGACAGUGAGGGCCGAGGCAAGUUGACGGUAUUUUCAGUUAAAGCUAUGUUAGCAACCAUGUGUGGUGGAAAAAUGCUGGACAAAUUGAGAUAUGUUUUCUCCCAGAUGUCAGAUUCCAAUGGCUUAAUGAUAUUUAGCAAGUUUGACCAGUUUCUGAAGGAAGUUCUGAAGCUCCCAACAGCAGUCUUUGAAGGGCCAUCUUUUGGUUACACAGAGCACUCAGUCCGCACCUGUUUUCCACAGCAGAGAAAGAUAAUGCUAAAUAUGUUUUUAGACACAAUGAUGGCUGACCCUCCUCCCCAGUGCCUUGUCUGGCUACCUCUCAUGCACAGACUUGCCCAUGUUGAGAAUGUCUUCCAUCCCGUGGAGUGCUCCUACUGCCGGUGUGAGAGUAUGAUGGGUUUUCGGUACCGGUGCCAGCAGUGCCACAACUAUCAGCUCUGCCAGAAUUGCUUUUGGCGUGGCCAUGCCAGUGGGCCUCACAGCAACCAGCACCAGAUGAAGGAGCAUUCCUCUUGGAAAUCUCCUGCAAAGAAGCUGAGCCAUGCAAUUAGUAAAUCUUUGGGGUGUGUACCCACAAGAGAACCCCCGCAUCCUGUUUUUCCUGAGCAACCAGAGAAACCACUUGACCUUGCACAUAUAGUUCCUCCUCGCCCUCUGACUAAUAUGAAUGACACCGUGGUUAGCCACAUGUCCUCUGGAGUGCCCACUCCCACCAAGAGGUUACAGUAUAGCCAGGAUAUACCCAGUCACUUGGCCGAUGAGCAUGCGCUGAUAGCCUCCUAUGUGGCCCGUCUGCAGCACUGUGCACGUGUUCUGGAAAGUCCUAGCCGACUGGAUGAGGAACACCGGCUUAUCGCUCGCUAUGCUGCCCGGCUGGCUGCAGAAGCAGGAAACGUGACUCGUCCUCCCACUGACUUGAGCUUUAACUUCGAUGCCAACAAACAACAAAGACAGCUUAUCGCAGAACUGGAAAACAAAAACAGAGAGAUCCUGCAGGAGAUCCAGCGUCUCCGCCUGGAACACGAGCAGGCCUCCCAGCCCACCCCUGAGAAGGCACAGCAGAACCCCACGCUGCUGGCAGAGCUGCGGCUGCUGAGGCAAAGGAAGGAUGAACUGGAGCAGAGGAUGUCAGCCCUGCAGGAGAGCAGGCGGGAGCUGAUGGUCCAGCUAGAAGAGCUGAUGAAGUUGCUGAAGGAAGAAGAGCAAAAGCAGGCAGCUCAGGCCACAGGGUCACCACAUACAUCGCCCACCCACGGAGGCAGCCGCCCGAUGCCCAUGCCUGUCCGCUCCACGUCUGCCGGCUCCACCCCCACCCACUGUCCACAGGACUCACUGAGCGGAGUUGGGGGAGACGUGCAGGAGGCCUUCGCACAAGGUACGAGGAGAAACCUCCGCAAUGACCUGCUGGUGGCAGCUGACUCCAUCACCAACACCAUGUCAUCCCUGGUGAAGGAGCUUCAUUCAGCAGAGGAAGGUGCAGAGGAAGAAGAGGAGAAGAUGCAGAAUGGGAAAGACAGAGGUUAGCAGAGGAGCCGGACACAGAGGAAGCUCAGGCACAGAGGACAAGGAGCAAGCUGGCGCCGACAUGGCGAAGGCAAGGUCUUCCCCAGAGGCACAUUCCUCUCCAUCUUUCCACCGCACACCUGGACCAGGCUUGCAGGCUGCCAGACUUCACUCCACCCGCCAGGGAGAGGGGAGGCAGAGCCGGUGGGAAGCGGGGAGGGGCUGCGCGGCACAGCUGGUGGGCCUCCCCUGCACAGCCCUGCAUGUACUAGCACCUUCAUCACUCCCCUCAGGGCAUGGGCUCAUCUCCGCAUCAGGAAUUUACCUGGAGGUUGAAAAGAGAAAAGAAAAAGCACCAA